GGAUGUGACGUCAUGACGCGCGCGGCUCCCAGGCGUCCUCUAAAGGUCGCUUUGCGGAGUGGGAGCGCUCCUAAGUGAGGUUCGAGUAAUUUUCCUCCUGCAGUCAGCGGCUAGAUGACCGGGUACACGCCAGAUGAAAAACUGCGGCUGCAGCAGCUGCGGGAGUUGAGAAGACGAUGGCUGAAGGACCAGGAGCUGAGUGCUCGGGAGCCAGUGCUCCCCCCCAGGAGGAUGUGGCCUCUGGAGCAGUUCUGGAAUACAUUUUUGCAGGACAGGGCCCCUUGGAAGCAGAUGAUAUAUAAGGUGUACUGGCGCAGUAUCUUUGCUGUUACUCAUGUACUCAUACCAGCCUGGAUUGUUCACUAUUAUGUCAAGUAUCAUAUGGCUAAAAAACCAUAUGCCAUCGUUGAAAGGAAGCCCCGAAUAUUCCCAGGUGAUACAAUUUUGGAGACUGGAGAAGUAAUUCCACCAAUGAAAGAAUUUCCUGAUCAACAUCAUUGAAGAUUAUUUUAAAAUGUCAAAGGCUUUUAAGCCAUGUUUUUUUUUUCUUCUUAUAUUAACUGAGUAGGUUUCCUGGAAAAGUAACUAAUAAAGUUUACUCUAAGAAAA